AGCUCACUUUUACUGCAGUAAGUUGCAAACUCUGUUCUAAAAGCAGAAUGGCUGAUUUCAGCCUGCUUCAGCUGUGCUGAUCUGGCUCUGCUAGGUGUGUUGGGACACAGGAAGCAGAGGUGAUGGACUGAGAGAGAGGGGGGUAGUGGGAACAGGGGGCUGUGGGCCAACAGGGAGAAAAAGGAAGAGAAGCAAGGAACUGGGUUGGAAGAACACUGCCUAAGGGAGCCAGCAAAAUAUCUUGUUCCUGCUCACCCUGGGCAAAAGGGAUAUUCAGAUGACAUAUUAGAUGAGGCAACAAGGCACUACCUGUUCACUGAUGCUUUCUGUAGGGUUUGCUGGGCAGUGCUGCCGUUUGAAUCCCAAAGGAUGUCACACUAUGAGGGCAGAAAGCAUGCUCGGAACGUUUAUCUUUAUGUCCAAAGGCAUAGUAGGGAGGAUGAGAGAAUGAGGCAUGACAAAAAGAAGGAAAUAAUGGAUUGUACCAAUUUUCAGAUGGACGGAACGAGAAUAGUAGAGGAAAAAUACUGUAAUCUCUGCAACAUUAUUUUAAUUUCCCCAGUUGUUGCAUCGUCUCACCUCCAGGGGAAGAUCCAUGCUAAAAAGCUGAGGCAGUUAGCAGAAAAGAGAGCCCUGGUGGAAGCACAGAGCAUGCAGCCUGUUCCUGUUCCUUCAGAAACUGAAACACCUUCGUCAUCUUCGAAAGCAAGCUUGGAUCUGAGCUACUGCAGGCUCUGCUGUGUUCCCUUCAAUAAUCCACUCUCAGCCCAGGAGCAUUAUGUUGGUAAGAAACACGGAAGAAAUGUAGCACGGAAGAAGGUAAUGGAGGAGCUGGGAGUCAAACCUGUCCCUAGAGAAUCCACAACAAAUGAUUCCUUCUUCUCUGCGAUUGGGUUUGGCCGUUAUGCAUGCCCUGUUUGCAAUGUUGUCCUUACAACUAUACACGAGUACCAGUCCCACGUGCAAGGAAAAAAGCACAGAAUCAGUUUAUGCAGAGCAAGAAAGAUUCACAGUCUCACAAAGAGUUCAAAGAAAACUUACUACUCCUUUCAAGGUCAGAAAGCUACAGGGCUCGAGGAAAGAAUGGAUUUGGAAAUAGCAGAAGAGUUCCAAGAUAGAAACCUUGGUGAGGUUAUACCUUCAGCCUUUAAGUGUGAGCAAAACCAGCAUUCCAGCCUUUUCUCAGAAACCCAGACACCUACAAAUACUGGGAAAAAGAGAUCACCAAGUUGCUCAUCAGCUUGUGGGUGUGCACUAGAAAACACACUGAACUGUCAGCAUAACACAGCGCACUGUACAGAAGGGCAAGCAUCUGGGGUGGCUGCCAUCAGAGAUGAGAGCUUUGGUCUGUCAGCUGUAGAAUCUAAAGAGUAUUGCAAACUUGUGCUUGCUGAAACUUUUAGCAUCUCCUACGGAGAAGAACAGAACCUCCAGAUAAAAUAUACUGAGGAGAAAAAAUACAUUAGUGAAGAGUUGAAGUGUAAGAAAGAAGGCUCGGAACUGAAAAGAAAGGAAGAUAGUGAAGGUGCAGAUUUGGAGAAAGAAAGAGAGAAACGAAAGCGAAUUAAACUUGACAUAGGCUUAUUAAAUGAGAAGAAAUCAAGGCCUUAUAAAGAUGAAAGGCGUAAGAAAAAACCUGCUAAGAAAGGGAGCAGAAAGCGCACAAAGAACAAAAAGAUGCCCCAGAUAAAGGUCAAGGCAGAAAAUGAGCUACUUUAGGGUGAAUCUGUCUUUAGAUGCUGAUGAGGGUUUUGCUUAGCUUCAAGAGCCUGAUCCUAUUUGCAGAUUAUCUUAACCAUUCUGUACCAUACUAUGGCUGUUGUAUUUUUUUUUUUCUGGUUUAAUUUUUGUUGUUUAAGCAACGUUUUGUUCCAAACUGGAAGUGAGAAAAAGUCUGUCUUCUGAAAAUGCUUGGUAGUAGGCGUGCAUCAGUUUUAAUUACGUUACAUGUACAACAGUCAUUGCAGUGAUGUGAGCUUGAAAGUCUGAAGGCUCUUCUGGAACAUACCUCAAACAAGGGUCAGUAGCUUACAGAAUACUCAUCAAAACGUGUAGCUUUAUUUUCCUAAUGUUAAUGGUGCCUACUAUGGAGGUUUCUUUUUUUUUCUUCUAGGAAAGUAUCUAAGCUUGGUAAGAUAUGUAAGGGCAUUACAGUGUUGCCAGGCAAAGUCGCAUCUGUAACCAUUCCACUGACUGCUUUUAAAGGAGAACGUGGAAGGCUUUGAUUCCAGAAUAAAGCUAGAUUUGUGACUCAAACAAUGCUCUGAAGAACCAGCAACGCUUUGUUUGAAAUAAUGUCCCCAGACCUUCCUUCAUAAUAUAGAAUUGCAUUAUUGGGGCACGUGAACUGCUGUCCUCCGUAUGUUCUACAUCUUUAACAACAAUGUCACAAGACACCGUUUAGUAACACUCAGUGCCUUCAGGUUGCAGAAAAGCUUUUCCUUAGCCUUGAUGUGGGAUCUGAAAGCCAUUAUGUUUUCUAGUUGUGCCGCUGGGUAGUCUGUUUGUAGAGGCACCUGUGUCAGCUGCUGCUUUCAGCAGCUCUGCCCAACUGAAACUUUUUGUUGUGGGUUGUUGUAGUGUGGGAUGGAGUAGAGACCAAGACCCUCAAGCCUUGAAUUGUCUGGUUUGUUUUUGUCUUGCAUGAAGAAGUUGUUUCAAAAGCCUUGAGAAUAAUGUAGUGUGGGCUUUUUGUGUUGCUUGUUUUUUAAGAAUUUGUUUUGUGGUUGGUUGCAACCUUGGAUUUGGGUUUCUGUGUUAUAAAGUUAUAAAUCUGAGUGGUCAAGUAAGGCCGUGAUGUGGUAUUCUGCAUAUAGAAAAGAAGAAGCUUUGUUGAAGGGAAAUAAGUGCCAGCUGACUUGCUUUUCAAAUAAGACUUGCAGUCUUGGAAGUCAGGAGGAGAUUAGCAGCUCUGAAAGUUUGGCAAAAGCACAGUCUGGGAGUUUUUUUUCUACCAGUGAUCAUUUCCAGUUCUGUAUGUGAACUCCAUACAGACCUGCCCUACCAGAAGAAAGCACAAGCUCCUCUAAAUGUAACCCCAAAAAUUAUUGGCAUCAAAGACGAUGAUAAGAUCCUGAAAGAAAUACAGUUGCCAUAUUUUGAUGAAACAGUGAUUCAUCUAUGAUGUAAAUGCUGCAAACAAUCUGCAAGCAGAUUCUCAUCUAGCAGAAGCACACAGAAAUACAGCGCUAAUUUAGAUAAGCGAUGUUCAUUUUUCUGCAGUUGUGGUUAUUGUUAUGUGUUUCCUCAUUGUCUUGUUCUUAGCCUUUAACAUUAGUGAUGAUAGUUAUUGCCAAGCCUAGAUGUUUUAAAAUACUAGGCAGAUAGGUUGAGGGCUUUAUUUGCCCUUGAUUGUAAAUGUCUUUUCUUUGUCCACUUCUUAGUAGCAAGUCUUACAUUGUCUUGUACUGAAAGCUAAUUCUGUUCAUCUGUUCUUCUCAUUAAACCUAUCUGUUCUGAUUUGA